CUGGUUGUGGAGGCCCCUUUUGCAAAACAUCAGUCUGAAUUUACUAGACAGAAGUCACUAGGAACGCCUUGACAGACUCCGGCUUCAGCUAAGGCUCCCUCCAGCUGCGGAGGCUGUUUUUGUUAGAAUCACACACUGCGCAGAACUGCUUAGAAUAGAGCCAUGAUCUCAACCACGAAAUGUGAACUUAUAUUUUGGAGAAACUAACGGGGACGGACUCCUUUCCUAGGCUGAGUGUUGAAGCAUGUCUUGCCUCGGCGUUUCAGCUCCUCCUCGUCUAGGUGGUGCAAUGACAAAACUUACUCUCUUCUUCAAUCAGUGAAUUUGAAGUAAUCUUUCAUCGUUUCAUCUUUAGUCUCAUAUGGAACGUAUCCCUCUAUCUGUUGUUAAACUACGAUGACAUGUCUGUAGCUAUCAGAAAGAGAAGCUGGGAAGAACAUGUGACCCAAUGGAUGGGACAGCCUUUUAAUUCUGAUGAUUGUAACACAGCAUGUCAUCAUGGACUAGUAGCUGACAGCUUGCAGGCAAGUAUGGAAAAAGAUGCAACCCUAAAUGUGGACCGCAAAGAAAGGUGUGUUUCACUACCAGACUGCUGUCAUGGCUCAGAGGUGAGAGAUAUUCCUGGGAGGCCAAUGGGUCACAUUUCAAAGGAGGUGGAUGAAGAUGACAGCCAUGAAGGUGAAGAUCAGUUUCUUUCUCUGGAGGCCAGCACAGAAACACUAGUGCAUGUUUCUGACGAGGAUACUGAUUCUGAUCUAUAUCUUACAGAUGAUAAACAGAUUUUAACUACUCAAGGGCCUAAAACGUCAGACCAACAUAGCAUCAAAGGAGCAGGCUCCUUAGUAAAGACGCUGCCCAUCAUGGAAAGUAACCAAGGUUCUUAUGACUCCUGGGGAAUGGCUGGUGGAGCUGAUUUAGUGCUGGUAGAGGAAAAGGGGGACAGAAAAGUUGUUGACAUGGUGAGUAAAAGCCUGGAGCUUUGUAAGGAUAUAAGCCUAAGUGAAAUAAAAGAUGCAUCCAAAAUGAAUGCAUGUGACUCUUUGAAUGCGAAAGAUAUUGUGCCGGAAAAGCAAUUGCUUAAUUCUGCUGUAAUUGCUCAGCAUCGAAGGAAACCCGACUUCCCUAAAGAUGAACAUGAAAGAAACACCUGCAGUGCAGUACAAGAUGAGUUCCUGGCUAUUCCUUGUGCAGACAGAGGACUGCCAUUAUUAAAAACAGAUUCUGGAAGCUGCCUUCUGCAGCCUCCUUCCUGCCCUAGUGGAAUGUCAGCUGAAAAUGGCCUGGAGAAGAGUGGUUUCUCAGAACAUCAAAACAGAAGUCUUCCAAAGGUCAACUCAGGAGAUGGCAUGCAGUGUUUACGCAUAAAGGAGACUCUGGCCACCCAUGAACCCACAGAUAACCAAGUCAGACUUCGUAAAAGAAAGGAAAUAAGAGAAGAUCGAGAUAGGGUGCGGCUAGACUCGAUGUUGUUGCUGAUCAUGAAACUGGACCAGCUUGAUCAGGACAUCGAGAACGCUCUCAGCACCAGCUCCUCUCCGUCCAGCACACCAACCAACCUUCGGCGGCAAGUCCCUGAUCUGGAAUCAGGAUCUGAGAGUGGAGCAGAUAACACUUCGGUAAAUCAGACACAAAUAAAUCUGUCUUCUAACACCGAGUCCACUGACCUACCAUCUUCCACCUCAGUGGCCAGUUCUGGAACCAAACCCAAGUCUAUGGCUAUUCCAGGUACUUCAGAGAAGGAAAAGGCUGAAAUUGAAGCCAAAGAAGCUUGUGAUUGGCUACGGGCGGCAGGAUUCCCCCAGUACGCCCAGUUGUAUGAAGAUCUCCUGUUCCCCAUUGAUAUUUCCUUGGUCAAGAGAGAGCAUGAUUUUUUGGACAGAGAUGCUAUUGAGGCUUUGUGCAGGCGUCUGAAUACUUUAAACAAAUGCGCGGUGAUGAAGCUGGAAAUUAGUCCUCAUCGGAAGAGAAGUGAGGAUUCGGACGAGGAUGAGCCUUGCGCGAUAAGUGCCAAAUGGACUUUCCAGAGGGACAGCAAGAGGUGGUCCCGGCUUGAAGAGUUCGAUGUCUUUUCUCCAAAGCAGGACCCCAUCCCUGGGUCCCCAGACGAUCCCCACCUGAAGAGCGCCCCCAGCCGUGAAAGCGUGCUGACGGACCUCAGCGAGCGCCAGGAGGUGGCUUCUGUCCGCAGCCUCAGCAGCACCAGCAGCCUCGCCACGCAAGCGACCCACCUCGGGGGCGCGGCGACGGCCCGGACUAACUCCGUCACCAGCGUCUGCUCCUCCGGUACCUUCGUCGGCAACGAUGACUCUUUCUGCAGCCUGCCCUCUCCCAAGGAACUGUCCAGCUUCAGCUUCAGCGUGAAAGGCCACGAGAAGAACACCAAGUCCAAGACGCACAGCCUGCUGAAACGCAUGGAGAGCCUGAGGCUCAAGGGCUCCCACCACAGCAAGCACAAGGUGCCGUCCAAGCGGGGGCUGAUCAUCAGCGGGCCCAUCCUGCAGGAGGGGGUGGACGAGGAGAAGCUCAAGCAGCUGAACUGCGUGGAGAUCUCCGCCCUCAACGGCAACCGCAUCAACGUCCCCGCGGUGCGGAAGAGGAGCGUCUCCAACUCCACGCAGACGAGCAGCAGCAGCAGCCAGUCCGAGACCAGCAGCAACGUCAGCACGCCCAGUCCCGUCACCAGGACCCGGAGCCUCAGUGCCUGCAACAAGCGGGGAGGCAUGUACCUAGAGGGCUUCGAUCCGUUCAAUCAGUCCACGUUCAACAACGUUAUGGAACAGAACUUUAAAAACUGCGAGAGCUACCCGGAGGACGCGGUGUUCUACAUCCCAGAAGAUCACAAGCCUGGCACUUUCCCCAAAGCCCUCUCCAACGGCAACUUCUCUCCCUCAGGGAAUAGCAGCUCUGUGAACUGGAGGACUGGAAGCUUCCACGGCCCUGGCCAUAUCAGCCUGAGGAGGGAAAACAGCAGCGACAGCCCCAAGGAGCUUAAGAGACGCAAUUCCUCAAGCUCCAUGACCAGCCGCCUGAGUAUCUAUGACAACGUGCCCGGCUCCAUCCUCUACUCCAGUUCCGGUGACCUGGCCGACCUGGAGAACGAGGACAUCUUCCCCGAGCUGGACGACAUCCUCUACCACGUGAAGGGGAUGCAGAGGAUAGUCAACCAGUGGUCGGAGAAAUUUUCAGACGAGGGAGACUCAGACUCGGCCCUGGACUCGGUCUCUCCAUGCCCGUCCUCUCCCAAGCAGAUACACCUGGACGUCGACAAUGACCGAGCCACCCCCAGCGACCUGGACAGCACGGGCAACUCACUGAACGAACCCGAGGAGCCCUCAGACAUCCCGGAAAGGAGGGAUUCUGGGGUCGGGGCCUCCCUGACUCGGUCCAGCAGGCACAGGCUGAGAUGGCACAGUUUCCAGAGCUCUCAUCGGCCGAGCUUAAACUCUGUAUCGCUGCAGAUUAACUGCCAAUCUGUGGCCCAGAUGAACCUGCUGCAGAAAUACUCCCUCCUGAAGUUGACCGCCCUGCUGGAGAAAUACACGCCUUCUAAUAAGCAUGGUUUUAGCUGGGCUGUGCCCAAGUUUAUGAAAAGGAUCAAGGUUCCAGACUACAAGGACCGGCAUGUAUUCGGGGUCCCUCUGACGGUCAACGUGCAGCGCACAGGACAGCCCCUCCCCCAGAGCAUUCAGCAGGCCAUGCGCUACCUCCGCAACCACUGUCUGGAUCAGGUUGGACUCUUCAGAAAAUCAGGUGUCAAAUCCCGGAUUCAGGCUCUGCGCCAGAUGAAUGAAAGCACCAUAGAUUGUGUCAACUAUGAGGGGCAGUCUGCUUAUGAUGUGGCAGACAUGUUGAAGCAGUAUUUUCGAGAUCUUCCUGAGCCACUAAUGACGAACAAACUCUCGGAAACCUUUCUGCAGAUCUACCAAUAUGUGCCCAAGGACCAGCGCCUCCAGGCGAUCAAGGCCGCCAUCAUGCUCCUGCCUGACGAGAACAGGGAGGUCCUGCAGACGCUCCUCUACUUCCUGAGCGAUGUCACAGCAGCUGUGAAGGAGAACCAGAUGACUCCCACCAACUUGGCCGUGUGCUUGGCGCCUUCCCUCUUCCACCUCAACACCCUCAAGAGAGAGAAUUCCUCUCCAAGGGUAAUGCAAAGAAAACAAAGCUUGGGAAAACCAGAUCAGAAAGAUUUGAAUGAAAAUCUUGCUGCCACUCAAGGGCUAGCCCAUAUGAUUGCUGAGUGCAAGAAGCUUUUCCAGGUUCCUGAGGAAAUGAGCCGAUGUCGAAAUUCCUACACCGAACAAGAGCUGAAGCCACUUACCCUAGAAGCAUUAGGACGCCUUUGUAAUGAUGAGUCAGCCAGCUACCAACACUUCCUCCAGGACUGUGUGGACAGCCUGUUUAAAGAGGUCAAAGAGAAAUUCAAAGGCUGGGUCAGCUACUCUACAUCUGAGCAGGCUGAGCUAUCCUAUAAGAAGGUGAGUGAAGGACCACCUCUAAGGCUUUGGAGGGCAACCAUUGAAGUCCCUGCAUCGCCUGAGGAAAUCUUAAAGCGCCUACUUAAAGAGCAGCACCUCUGGGACGUGGACUUGUUGGAUUCAAAAGUGAUUGAGAUCCUGGACAGCCGAACUGAAAUUUACCAGUAUGUGCAAAACAGUAUGGCGCCCCACCCCGCUCGGGACUACGUUGUUCUGAGAACAUGGAGGACUAAUUUACCCAAGGGAGCUUGUGCCCUUUUAUUCACCUCCGUGGAUCACGACCGGGCCCCUGUGGUGGGAGUGAGGGUCAAUGUGCUCCUGGCCAGGUAUCUAAUCGAACCCUGCGGGUCAGGGAAAUCCAAACUCACCUACAUGUGCAGAGCUGACUUAAGGGGCCACAUGCCAGAGUGGUACACGAAAUCUUUCGGACAUUUGUGUGCAGCUGAAGUUGUAAAGAUCCGAGACUCCUUCAGUAAUCAGAGCACUGAAACCAAAGACACCAAAUCUAGGUGAUUCCUGAAGCAUGUCCAUUAUCUGGGCCUUUGUUUCUAGAACCCUUGCCAGUCCUUGGAAGAUUGGGUUCAGUGUCUGAUCCUGAAACAAAACUACAAGAUGGAGUGUGGGAAUUGACUAUAGUGAUUUGAUACAUUUUUAAAGCUGCUUUCUAUUCGUUUAAGGUCUGUAUUAUGGACCUUGACUGGAAUAUAUGACUGUGCAAAAAAAAAAAAAAAAAAGUA